GGUUACAGUCCAUUUAUGGGCUCAGCAAGGGCAGAUAUCAGUGUCGAUGGCAUUCACUCCUAGCUAUUCUUAGGAGCCUCCCAGGAGGAGCCUUGCACAGCCUGGCCAGGGAGCAAGGGACACAGCAGAGGAAGCCGCAGCUGCCAGCACCAGUAUGUCUUACAGUGUGACUCUGACAGGGCCUGGGCCCUGGGGCUUCCGUCUGCAGGGCGGCAAGGACUUCAACAUGCCCCUCACUAUCUCUCGGAUCACUCCAGGCAGCAAGGCAGCCCAGUCCCAGCUCAGCCAAGGAGACCUGGUGGUGGCCAUUGAUGGCGUCAACACGGAUACCAUGACCCACCUGGAGGCCCAGAAUAAGAUCAAGUCUGCCAGCUACAACCUGAGCCUCACUCUGCAGAAGUCCAAGCGUCCUAUUGCCAUCUCCACGACAGCGCCCCAUAUCCAGUCGCCACUGCCAGUGAUCCCCCACCAGAAGGUGGUAGCCAAUUCUCCUGCCAACGCCGACUACCAGGAACGCUUCAACCCCAGCGUCCUGAAGGACUCAGCCCUGUCCACCCACAAGCCCAUUGAGGUGAAGGGCUUGGGAGGCAAGGCUACCAUCAUCCACGCUCAGUACAACACCCCAAUCAGCAUGUACUCUCAGGAUGCCAUCAUGGAUGCCAUCGCUGGGCAGGCCCAGGCCCAGGGCAGUGACUUCAGUGGGGCAUCUCCGCUGGCGAGCCUCCCUGUGAAAGACUUGGCCGUGGACAGCGCCUCUCCCGUGUACCAGGCUGUGAUCAAAAACCAAACCAAGCCCGAGGAGGAGGCUGAUGAGUGGGCCCGCCGGUCCUCCAACCUGCAGUCUCGUUCCUUCCGCAUCCUGGCCCAGAUGACUGGGACAGAAUUCAUGCAAGACCCUGAUGAAGAAGCUCUGCGAAGGUCAAGCACCCCUAUUGAGCAUGCUCCAGUGUGCACCAGCCAGGCCACUUCCCCGCUGCUGCCUGCUUCUGCCCAGCCGCCUGCUGCUGCCUCUCCCAUUGCGGCCUCGCCAACCCUGGCCACAACUGCUGCUGCCCAUGUUGCCACUGCCUCUGCUGCAGGCCCUGCCUCAAGCCCUGUGGAGAAUCCGAGGCCACAGUCCUCUGCCUACAGCCCUGCAGCAGCCACCUCGCCACCACCCUCUGCCCAUACCAACUACAGUGAAGGUCCAGCUGCCCCGGCACCCAAGCCUCGGGCUGUAACCACUGCCAGCAUCCGGCCUUCUGUCUACCAGCCAGUGCCUGCAUCGACCUACAGCCCGUCUCCAGGAGCCAAUUACAGUCCAACUCCCUAUACCCCCUCGCCUGCUCCCACCUAUACCCCCUCACCUGCUCCCACCUAUACCCCCUCACCUGCUCCCACCUAUACCCCCUCACCUGCUCCCACCUAUACCCCCUCACCUGCACCCACCUACUCCCCUUCCCCCGCACCAGCCUAUACCCCUUCACCUGCCCCAAACUAUAACCCUACACCAUCAGCCGCCUACAGUGGGGGCCCUGCAGAGUCUGCCAGCCGUCCCCCCUGGGUGACCGAUGACAGCUUCUCUCAGAAGUUUGCUCCAGGAAAGAGCACCACCUCUGUCAGCAAGCAGACCCUGCCUCGGGGGGCUCCAGCCUACAACCCAACAGGCCCACAGGUGACUCCUCUUGCUAGGGGCACCUUCCAGCGAGCUGAGCGCUUCCCAGCCAGCAGCCGCACUCCCCUCUGUGGGCACUGCAACAAUGUCAUCAGGGGCCCUUUUCUGGUAGCCAUGGGCCGCUCUUGGCACCCAGAAGAGUUCAACUGUGCUUACUGCAAGACCUCCCUAGCAGAUGUAUGUUUUGUGGAGGAGCAGAACAAUGUUUACUGUGAACGGUGUUACGAGCAGUUUUUUGCCCCGAUCUGUGCCAAGUGCAACACCAAAAUCAUGGGGGAAGUGAUGCAUGCUCUUCGACAGACGUGGCAUACUACCUGCUUUGUCUGCGCAGCCUGCAAGAAGCCUUUUGGGAACAGCCUCUUCCACAUGGAGGAUGGAGAGCCAUACUGUGAGAAAGACUACAUCAAUCUGUUCAGCACCAAGUGUCAUGGAUGUGAUUUCCCCGUGGAAGCUGGCGACAAGUUUAUUGAGGCCCUGGGGCACACUUGGCAUGACACCUGCUUCAUUUGUGCGGUCUGCCAUGUGAAUCUGGAGGGGCAGCCAUUCUACUCCAAGAAAGACAAGCCCCUGUGCAAGAAGCACGCGCAUGCCAUCAAUGUGUAGGGGCCCAAAGUGGCCGGUGCAGGCCAUGCCCAGGAUGCUCCUGC